AUGACUCCUAGCAAGCUUGAAAGUGAACCAGAUUCUGAUCAUUCUAUCUUAUCUGGAAGCUUGUCUGUGACCACUGAUUCACCAGCAACCUCUUAUCAGAAUCAGGAUAUUAAGAAUAAGGGAGCAACAGAGUCAAGAAAGAAAGUAACGAAGUUGAGAUCAAUCAAGCUUGUAAAAUUGCCAAGUUUGAGGUUUAGCACAAGACAAUCAAAGAUCCAAUCAAGUUAUCUAUGUGCCUUGUCUAGUGAUGCAGCAAGUUCAGUGCAGCCACCUCAAAUAGAUGCAUCAUCGCCGAAUUAUAUGAAGACCACCACUUCAUCUGAUGCAAAGAAGGAGAGUUUGCAGAAAUCAGUAAGAGCUUUGUCUAGGCGAUCCAGUUUUAAGCCCUCAAAGAGUUUGACAAGAGUGUCUAGUACAAAAUUCAGGAGAUCUUUGAUGAGGAAGUCGUCUGGAGGGUCCGACGUAAAAAAGAAACUGAAGAAGUCAAGAUCAAUCAAACUUGGAAGGCGUUCUUCCGUUGUUUUACCUGAUGAUUCAGAUGCAUCGCCUGAUCAUUUGAAAUCAACUGAAUGUUCUGAUGUAGAGAAUACUUGUUUUCAGGCAAGUUUCCAUAAUUCUGAAUCUUGUUUGAGUAGCAAUGAUGAGAGUAAGAGAAGUUCAAGUAAUUUAAAUAUGAAUAUAGCUUCGGGUAAGAAAUCUAUUAGAGUCGUGACAAGAACAUCUGUACUGAGGCCUCCAAAGGUCUUAACAAAAAUGGCUAGUUUAAGAACCAAGAGGCUGAAGAAAUCCAGUCAACUGCUCGACUCUACUGUACAUAAAGCCACCUGUUCUUCAGCUCUUAAGGAUUCCAAGAUUACAGACCAUCUUGAGCUUCAACCAGGAGGAAGUGAAACUGAAGGAAUUUCGGCCACGAAGGUCUGCCCAUAUAGUUAUUGCUCACUUCAUGGUCAUCAACGCUCUACUGUACCUCCACUGAGACGCUUUGUAUCAAUGAGGCGACGAAUGUUGAAGACCCAGAAGAGUAUAAAAUUGGAUAACCAAGUCUUUCGUGGUGCAAAGUGUUCUAAUAACACAAAGAAGGGAAUUCGGAGAAGUAAAACAAUUGGCCGCAGAGAUGCUUCAGUUCUAGAAACCGCGAAUAAGAGCAGAGCAGUCACUUCAAUCAGAAAAAUGGCUGAACCAAAAGCUGACGUAAAUGAAGAAAGCAGUAGUAAUGGUGGAGAUGGUGAAGACACAGUUCGUUCUGGAAGUUCUGCUGAGAUUAUGAUUGGUGAACCAUCACAUUCUCAUCUGCAUUUGAAAGAGAACCUGCAAAUGAGCAAAUUUCCGACAGCAGAAAAGAAUGAUGUGCCAACAUGUCUGUUGCAGAGAGAAACAAGUAAAGAAUGCUCUCAUAAGUGUACUCUAGAUCAUCCUGAGCACGUUGAUUUUAGCUUAGAAAAGACUGAAAGUCCUAAACAGUGUGAUAUGCUGCCCUUUGAUGAAAGUGCAUGCUCCUGCCAUGAGAAAGUUCCAGAGGAUGGAAUAGUCCACAAAGAAGUCAAUGGAGAUAGAGUUUCAAGUUUGAACUUGGACGUGUUCAAAGGUUAUUUGAAACUGAACAUUUCGCAGGAAAAUACUUCAGCAGGUGUAGAUAAGGAGCUGUUCAAUGUAUCCAGAAACCUAACCCAGAAGAUAAUUGUGGAAUCAAAAGAAAUCAAUGGCAUGGGUUCUUCUCCUUCGGCUGGAGAAUUACUAGAAGCACAAACUGCAGCUGGAGAAGAAAGCAAUGAAGAUUCUUCUGCAGAUUCUGAAUCUGAUCAAAUCACUGAUGUAGUAGACAGAACUGGAAUCGGAAAGCAGAAAAGUAUUGGCUUGUGGAACCUGAUAUAUCAGCAUAUGGUAUCAGGUAUUGCUGAAGGAGAUGAAAUGCAGCCACCUGUUAACAAAAUGAACAAGGAAGAACAAGAAGAUGAUGCAAUGAAGAAACCAGGUCCUUUUUCAGAUUUUUCUGGAGUAGAUCAGAACAUAAGUAAGAUGGAGCAUGAUGGAGGCAGCCCACAUAUUCAGCUCUACCAACGCAAUGCUAUUAAGUUGGUACAGGAAGCAUUUGAUAAAAUCCUCGCAGAAAUUCCAGACCAUGCAUCUGAUGAUCAAUCAAUGAAUGGCGGUACCACUUCAGAUAAAGAACUCGCAGAAAAGAAUCAUGAUGAAGGUAAGGAACUAAGCACAGUACAAGCUCAGAAAGAAAUAAAUUCCGAAGCAGACAAAAUAAAUGGGCCAGAAGGAGAGAAAGCAGAAUCGAAAGUGGAAAGAAAAGCGAACCAGCAAAAACCCAAUAGCUGGAGUAACCUCAAAAAAAUUAUUAUCCUCCGGAAAUUUGUUAAGGAAUUGGAAAAGGUGAGGAACAUCAAUCCACGGAAGCCACAGUAUCUACCUGGACAGCCUGAACCUGAAGGAGAGAAGAUUCAUCUACGCCAUCUGGCCAUGGGAGGAAGAAAAAAUUCAGAGGAAUGGAUGCUUGAUUAUGCGCUUCAACAGGUUAUUUCUACACUAGCCCCAGCUCAGAAAAGAAAAGUAGCCCUGCUUGUCCAGGCAUUUGAAACAGUUGGUCCAUUACCAGAAAUCAGUCCAACGUCUAAUGUAGCUGCUUCUUCACAUGCAACUCCAGUUCAAACCUCUACUGCUUCCUCAUAUCAAAGGAGUUUUGAAACAGGGGAAGAAACCAGUUUUGAAAUCUCUCUUUACAAAACCUUACACUGUGAGAUAUGUUCGCAAAACCAAGACCAAGUAGUCUGUGAUUCCUGGACUGCAGAAAAGCACAUUCCAGAGUCACUUUUAGAACUCAAAGAACCAAGUUCAGAAUCUGGCAGCAUCCAUACAACACGUGGUAAUUUGGCUUCUGACACCACAGCUGAUCAGCGUUACUCAAAUUCAGCUGAUGUUGCAAGCACCUCUCUUGAUGAAUUCCUAGUAAAGGAAGAAGUUAUAAAAGAAGUAUGUUUGAUUUCUGCUUCAGAAGUCCAUGAUUCUGAUUCUGGUCAAGAGUUGGCAUCCAAUUAUCAAAUUAAUGCAAGUGGUGAAAAUUCUGAUCAACUCAAAAGCCACAUCCCAAAGACAUUAGAAGGAUCAAUUGCAAGUAAUAAUGUGAUGAUUACUUCAGUUCCUGUCACCGAAAUGGUCGAAGAAUCUUAUAAAGCCAAAGAAGUAAAAACUAUGCUUCAAAAUAAGUUCCUCCAAGCAUUAACUCCACAUGAAGAAUUUAAGUCAAGUUCAGCUGAUGUAGCAUAUGAAAAGCAGAAAAAUGUGAGGCUAUGGUCCUUGAUAUAUAAGCACAUGAUAUCAGGAAACGCAACAGUGCUUGAUGAGGCAACAGACAAGGAAGAACAAAGCGAUGAUGCCAACACAUCAUAUGGAAAACACAAUGUCUUUUCUCAUCAAAGACAUCCUGUAAGAAGUAAGCAUAUAGAAAUGGAGAAUCACGGCACAGACAACCAAAAGGUUGACCUCCUGCAAAUGGAAGCUAUAAGGAUGGUUGAAGAAGCAAUUGAUGAAAUCUCACUUCCAGAUAGUCAAGACGAUUCACCUGACGAUCAAUCAGUCACCAAAGAUAGUAUUCCAUUUCAGGAGCACCUUGAAAGGCAACCAGACGUACGAGGGGAGUAUUCCAUCUCAACUUCCAUUCUUCCUACCAAAAAGAGCAAUGGAGAAUCCAAGAAAAGCAAAAUGGAGCAGAUGACACUAGAUUCAAGGGAACCAUGCCAAAAUUCUGAGAAAAAUAAAACAGAAUUUGAGGAAAAUAAACCUAAACUUUCAACCCAGAAGAGCUGGGGUAAUCUGAAAAAGUUGAUCCUUCUAAACAGAUUUGUCAAGGCAAUGGAAAAGGUUAAAAAAUUCAAUCCAAGGGAGCCGCGAUUCUUGCCUUUUGACCCUGAAAAAGAGCCAGAGAAAGUUCAAUUAAGGCAUCAAGAAAUGGAAGAUAGAAAAAAUGCUGAUGAAUGGAUGCUCGAUUAUGCGCUUCAGCAGGUUGUUGCUAAACUAACUCCAGCUCGAACAAGAAAAGUGGAGCUGCUUAUAGAAGCAUUCGAGACAGUCAUUCCUACCAUUGGAAGUUAAAUGUGGUUAAUGACUGAUUCAGUAGCUUAUUAGAUGCAAAAUCCAAAAAGCUUGAAGUUAUUUUGUGAGGUGCAGCAACAAGAAGCUAUGAUUUGAUAUUCAUUCCAAACAGCCCUGUAGCAAAUUUAAAUGGAGUUCAUCAUGCCAUCAAGAAAUACAGGUCAAGUAGAUAGAAGCAAAUCCAGUUUCAGUGGAGUUUGUAGAGGUGCAUAGUCGAAAAACAGUUUAGUGGGUUUGGAGCUUCAAAGUACCUUAGAGAAUAAGCUAUACUAGAUGUUUGUUUGGACAUUCCAUUGGUUAUUCAUUCUCCUUACUUGUGGAGAAUUGUACAGGUCCUACAAUAUGUUUUUUGUACCUGGAGAUAUACAUCCUAUUUGUUAUUCAUUCACAGUACUUGUAAAGAAGAAUGAUAAGUCCUACUAUAUGCUUUUGUA